GGCAGGUACCCCCGUGCCGAACCUAGGGCCAGAUCAAGCUGAAAAGUACUUGUAGAUACUUACUUAUGAGAUACCUAGCCACUUAGGUGGCCUGCCGGAUCCUCCCUGGAGGUAUAUGUGGGGCAGCCACUACGUCGGCAUGAGCUUGGGACAAGGCAGCUCUUAGUCGUAAGCUCGCCCUCACAUGAAGGUAAAAGCAUCAAACAUCGCGCAUCUACCAUCUUCAUAACGCCCAGCAUUUCCAACCAACUGCACCGCCAACAACCUCUUUGCCUAGCUAAAACAGCUUGUCAACGAUCAAUAGCUGACAGCUACCUCUCGUUCGUCGGCCUAACAACGCCAGUAUGCCUGGUUUCGAUUUCUCAAACUACAACCGCAAUGCGGCUCUACACGCACGAGGUGUACCCUUACCCAAGGCCACCAGCACAGGAACCACCAUCGUUGGCUGCAUAUAUGAUGGCGGUGUAGUUAUCGCUGCCGAUACCCGAGCCACGAGCGGUCCCAUCGUCGCCGACAAGAACUGCGAGAAGCUUCAUUACAUUUCUCCCCAGAUCUGGUGUGCUGGUGCCGGUACCGCUGCCGAUACUGAGUUUACUACAGCCCUCAUCUCAUCACAGUUGGAGCUACACUCCCUCUCCACUGGCCGCAAACCUCGCGUCGUCACCUGCAUGACCCUCCUCAAACAACACUUAUUCCGGUAUCAGGGCCAUAUUGGUGCCUAUCUCGUCGUUGCCGGAGUUGAUCCCACUGGAACCCAUCUCUUCACAGUUCACGCCCACGGAAGUACAGACAAACUUCCCUAUGUCACCAUGGGUUCUGGUUCAUUAGCAGCUAUGUCUGUCUUUGAGUCUCAGUGGAAACCCAACUCCACGAAGGAGGAUGCCAUGAACCUCUGCUCGUUGGCUAUCCAAGCUGGUAUAUUCAAUGAUCUGGGGUCAGGAUCUAACGUCGAUAUGGCUGUAAUUACAGCCGAGAAGACUACGUUACACCGCGGUUUCGUCAAGCCCAACGAGCGUAGCCAGAAGUUGAAGAACUACAAGUUCAAGCGCGGCACUACCGCAGUACUAAACGAGAAAAUCAUCACGAAGGACGAUAUUGGCAAGUAUGUCAGUGUUCAUGAGCUGGAGGCGACAGGCGAAGAAAGAAUGGACAUCGACUCCUGAAAACAUGAAUAGCAUAGACUCGAUGCGGCAGUUGUACCAUUACCAUUUCCUCUGCAAUACAAACACCGUGAUCUUUAGCUGCUAGGUGUCAUACAUGAUAUCUCGAUUCAUGUUGGAGCCUCCUUCCGGUGCACCCUUUUUUUGUAAGCGUUCCAUGCAUCGCGCGGGGUCGAAAGGCAGGCUUGCGAUAUCAAGAGUUUCCUACGAUUCUCUAAACUUGACACUGCAGAAGCAAAGUCGUCUAUCAGACUUUUCAAAUAGAAUCUGCUGGGGCGGUAAAUUUACCUCUUCAAACUGAUUUAGUCUAGCCGGAAUUUGAGAAUAGAAUAAACAGCUGAUAGCUUGGGUCGGGUAUGUCCAUAUCCAAGCUGAACUCGGAGACCGAGAAGCCCAAGGCGAGCUUGUCCGUAACACUGGACCAGCUAUCCUACACCAGGUUGAUAAAGUUAGCACAUUCAAUCAAGUCUUAAAGUCAUGUGGUCCCGAGAUAUUUUUGCUGGAGUCCGUCUUCUAACCUGCGGUUUGAAAUGGUAUACUAGCGAGAUUUCAACGUUUACACUAGGUACCUCUGAGAUAGGUUUUACCAUCCCGAAUCGGAAAGGGAAGCCAACCUGAGCCACGCCGCUUUUAGCCUGAGACUGAGCCCUAUCCUAAGCCAAACCCACUCUUUUAUAGCCCAAUAUAAAUAAAAAACUUAUAUAAUCUCUAAUAUACAUUUUACUUUAA